AUGGUGCUCAAAACCUCACUCCUUGCCCUCACGGCAAUCUCUUUAAUCACUGCCUCCCAAGCCAAUCCCUGCCCGCCAUUAGGGCCGACGUUACCCUCCACCAAAACACCAAGCAACUCGACAAUAGUACAAGAAACCAUCCUCCAAAUCCAAGAAGGCCUCGUCAACUUCACCUCCGUUCUGAACUUCACUGCAAUCUCCAUUGGCGUCAAGUCCAUACACGAAGAUGCGCCCCUCUUCGAUUGGCACUACACACCUCCCGUCGCAGAUAACCGCAGUGUUGCAAAGGUCGAUAUCGACACCGUAUACCGUGGAGGAAGCAUUACCAAGGUCUUCACAACCCUCACCGCUCUGAAAAACUCGCAAAUCAAGGGGACCGAUCCCGUGACCAGGUACCUGCCGCAACUCAAGACCGAUGCCGUGAAGAAUGAAGGCCAGCUCAACUUCAUCCCGUGGGACAAUAUCACUAUUGAAGACUUGGCUUCUCAUGUCUCCGGACUGGGCGGCGACAUCGCCACUGACCUCGCCGUCUUCCCCGGCGCCUGGGCAUCAAUGGGUCUUCCCCCUGUGUCCAACGACACCAAGCCGACUUGCUCCGGUCUCCUCGGCACCAAGCCCUGCUCAAGAAAAGACCUUCUCCACGGCCUCAAUGAGAAACCCCUCGUCUUCCGCCCACACACCACCCCCGUCUACUCCAACAUCGGCAUCGCCCUCCUCGCCCUCGCAGUCGAAGCGGCGUCCAACCAAACCUAUGAAACCAUCCUCACCGACACCAUCCUCAAGCCUCUCGGCCUGACAAAGACUUCCAUCGCCACACCGGCAAAGGGCUCAGGCUUCAUUCCCUUCCAGGAACCCACCUGGGGCGGCGACUUCGGCGCAUAUGCUGCUGCCGGCGGCAUCUACACAAACACCCGCGACAUGCUUACCUUCGGAACCGCGAUUCUCUCCGACAAGGUCGGCAUCGACACAGGUUCCUGGUUGAAGCCACGCGCCUUCACCUCCUCCCGCGGCUAUUCCAUCGGCGCACCCUGGGAGAUCUGGACCACUUCCACUCUUCUCGACUCAGGCGUCCCCGUCAGCAUCUACACCAAGUCCGGCGACCUCGGCCUAUACACCAAUGUCCUCCUCCUCAUCCCCGACUACGACCUCGUCAUCUCCAUCCUCACCGCCGGUGCCGAAGCCGCAGGCACCUUCCAGUUCCCCUCUCAAGUCAUCUCCCCCGUCAUCCAAGCCCUCAUCCCGGCCCUCGAGAAAGCGAACAAGGAGCACGCGGCCGCAGUCUUGGCGGGCGAGUACAUCGACGAGAAAUCAAACUCGACGCUAACACUAUCCAUCGACGACGGCCCAGGCUUGUCUCUGACAAACUACACCGUACGCGGCUUCGACGUGCUCUCUCACAUCCCCAGCUACGGCGUCGGCUCCAAGAUCCAGGCUUUCAACGUCAGCGGCAGGGUCUACCCCACCAACAUCAGAGAGGGCGACCAGUGGUCAUGGCGUGCCGUGUACAAGAACCACGACGAGCCGGACGUUGGUGACACACUUGUAUACCCCGACGGCGACUGUCAGACAUGGGGCUUGAUCGAUCGCAAGACCUACAACUACCUCGCUUUGGACGACUUCACCAUCACCAUUGCCGAGGAUGGGUCGGCCGAGAGCAUUUCGCCGCGACCGUUCGGCGUCACCCUGAAAAAGGCGUAG